AAGCCAGUAAUAAAACUGGUAAAGAGAGAAGGUUGAGUUAGGUGAGGCUGGUUAACAACCCCAUCCCGUAAAACUAAACACCACUGCUACCGAAACUUCAAGUCUCUCAUUUGAAGCCCUAUGUUCCAUUAGGAACGUAAAGGAGUUCAGAGUGGAACAUACGGCUUCAUCAGCACAUCUGCAUUUCAUCCUGUUAUCUGCAGUCUUUUUUAGCUGACUCCACGACUGUCUGCAGGCUGUCAUCAUCUUCUGACAUGCUCUCCUUCAUAUCGCCCUUGUAUCAACUGGUCAUUUCUCAUUCCGAGUUCCACUCGAACGAGAUGGCCUGGCGGGCGAUAUCACCCAACGGUCUCUUCUUCAUCGUGUAUCCGAUCUAUUUCCAUUUUCUUUGGAAUAUUUUUUUCAGUAAUAGGUUCUUGGCUGGUUCGUUUACUGAGUUUCUUGUUGUUAAUGUUUUCUAGCCUGGCAUUUGAUCUUCAGCAUACAGCGAAGGUGGGGGGGGGGUUGUUGAUUAGAAGUUUGCAGGUGGCUGCUGGAAAUGCUUUCCGUGACGCUUGGUGGAAGUUUCUGAUCCAGUACAGAAGAACUGACUGACUUAAUAUAAGUGUUGUAGAUCCAAAGUUUGUUCUUUGUCCUACAGAGUACAGGAGAUUUACAAACUGAUUUCAGAGUGCUGAAGGUUGUCGUUACGCUUCCAGUUGUGGUUUUGAUAUCUUCGUCUAUGUCGUCUGCAGUUGAAAAGAAGCUGCAUAGAUAUUUGAAGGAAGCAACCUCUUUCAAAUUCCUCCCUUUGUUGUGGUUGGUCAUCGAGUAUAUCUUCAUCAUCUACAUCUUUUAUAUUCACUUGAAGUCCUGCCUUCCCUCCUGCUUCUUCUUACAACUGAUUGAUUUUCACCUGUGUAGAUCUUCGAGUUUAUGUGAUAUUAGACAAAGAUGAUCUGCAAAGUCCAGAUCUUGUAGACUCUUCUUAUAGAUUCAACGUAUUCCUGUUUUUUCACUCCCCACAGACUGUUGAAUGAGGUUCAUAAGGAUUUAGGACACAGCAUAGUGCUGAAGUAUGUAUAUAUGGCAUCGUAUCAGUAAUCAUCUUGUAGGGGAGACUCAACCUAUUGACUUAUCGCCCCAUCUUCUAGGCUGUGAGUCCCUGGGGUUCGAAUCCAACACCGCCUAUGUCUGUGUGAACAGCUGGUUAUUAUCACCAACCCUCGUAUAACAUAUGUAGUGUUAUAGCCUGACCCAUAAAGAACCUACUCCAAGUAUUUUUAACUGACUGACUACCCUCUUUCUAGUAUAUUGCUUAUUCCCUAUUCUAAAUGAAAGAUGUAUCUUUCCCAACUUUUAUCAAUGUUUCAUUUUUCCCCCUUGUUUUCUCUUAGAAUUAUGACCACCAGUCCAGAAGAUGUUCGGCGAGCCAAGUUAGUUGAACGAGUUCGUGUCUCAGUUGUUGCAUUUUGGAUUAUGUCAAUUGUUUCUUUAAUAAUCGGCAUAACAGUAUUAUCAAUGUAUCAUAAUAUCAAUGAAUCAUCUCAGUAUAAUGGUACAAUAGCCGGUACAUUUUUCUUAGUCUUCAGUGUACCAUUAAUUAUAUGCAGUGGUUGUUUAACUAGUGCCUUAUUAAUUAUUCAAGAAUCUAUACAAGAUGAAAGAGACUAUCGAUGUCGUGAUCCAGAGUUUUAUAAAGAUAUACCGUAUCCACGUCAACCAUUCAAGCCAAUGCCAUCCACAUCGUCAGUACCGCCUACUCCAUAUCCUUCUGCACCUAUGCCAAUAUUUAAUAUUGAACAAGCGAGAAGUUUCGUACCAUCAGAUCAUCAAUAUGAAGCUUUUUAUCCGCCUAGUUAUCAUACAACAGUUACUAAAAAUGAUUAACUAAUGGAGUUAUACAAUUAGAUAAUGAUACAUACACGUAUGUAAUGUGUGUAUACCACCAGCUUCUUAAUCCUUCU